GUCGGUAGAUCCAUUCCCUUCCCACAAUGAGCUUACAGUUUAGAGAUGUGUUUACAGUCCAGAAGUCCCUCUUUAACCCCUGGAACAUGUUUCUGCCCACCCCCAAGCCUCUCGGAAAUUUCUUAGGAAAUUUUCCUUUAUUUCUUGCAGGUGUUGGGGUCUUUUGCUUGAAAGAUGACACUCUGAUUGUUGAGAUUUUUAUCUAGGUUGUGGGGUGUGAAAAACUGACAUAUGUGAGAAAGGAUUUUACUGUCAGUGGUGGCAUCUUCUGAACGAAGGAUGUCUCUCUCCGGAUGUGUUUACAUGCCCCUACUUUUCCCUCUGAAUCAGUUCUUUAGUAACCUUGCUGUCUUGUCACACUAGGUCAGACGUAUGAAGGACCAGCAAUUGUGACUUUCUCAUCCUUUCCCCUUUGUCAUCGAAUUCAUUCCUUGUCCUCCGGGGACAGACAUCUCCAUUUCCUGUAGCUCCAGAUUAAUCAGUCCAUCAGAAGUAUUUGUUUAUGGAGCGGUUCCUAUAGACAGAACACUGUACUCAACACUUGGGAGAGUACAAUACAACAGAAUUAGCAGAUCCACUGCCCAUAACGAGAUUCCAGUCUAGAGGUGAAUCCAUUUCCAGGAUUCCGGUUGGCAUUACCCGUCAGAAGCCACGCUCUUCCUUUCUCCUCCCACAUACUUGCUGUCACAGCAAGAACACCCCGGCCCUGGAUUCUGGUUUGAAAAUCAUAGCAGAGAGCCUGGGCAGCUCGUUAAAAGUGACAGUUGUUCCAGGAGGAAGGGGGAGCAGGUUGUCCGAGUUCUCAGAGAUGCCCUCUGAGGGGAGGCUUUGACGAGUCUGGAUAGGGCCGUGCCCAGGAAACGACAGAGGGGAGGGAGCGGUGUGGAGGAGGGUGAGAAAGAGACCGAGGGAAAGGAAAAUGCAGAAACGCUUCAUCAAACAUCAGCUCCCAUCUGCUGUCUGAUCUCUCUUCCCGCACCCGUCCCACAGGCCUGGAUUGGGCGGAUCUGCCUUCCCCAAACCCGAGCAGUUUCUCGAGUCAUCUUAAUUGCUAACCGCAGAGUUGUGUGGGCAGCGCCCGCUUACCGUUUUGCAGAAUGAGCCCUGGUGUUGGCUUGGCAGAGAGACCCAGCGGGACGUGGAGGAACCCAUACAGGAAAUGACUUUUCAAAACUUGACUGGAGACCAACUCCUUCUACCACAACUGGCGCCACAGAAUGUACCGAGAGGAGCUGAACCUGACAUCCCCGGAGCCCCCGCUACAGUUCCGCCUGGAGGCCAGCUGGCUUCAGUUCCACCUGGGCAUCGACCGGAACGGGCUCUACCCCCGGGCCGGCCCCGCCGUGGAUGCCCUCCUCCGGGACAUGAGGCGGUUGAGCACCAUCAGCGCCGACUACAGUCAGGACGAAAAGGCUCUGAUGGGAGCGUGUGACUGCAGCCAAAUUGUCAAGCCCAGUGGCGUCCACCUGAAACUGGUGCUGAGGUUCCAGGACUUUGGGAAAGCCAUGUUCAAGCCAAUGAGACAGCUGCGGGAGGAAGAGACACCAGAAGACUUCUUCUACUUCAUCGACUUCCAGAGGCACAACGCAGAAAUCGCAGCAUUCCAUCUUGAUCGGAUUCUGGAUUUCCGCCGGGUUCCCCCAACGGUUGGGAGGUUGGUGAAUGUGACCAAGGAAAUCCUGGAAGUCACCAGGAACGAGAUUCUGCAGAGCGUUUUCUUUGUUUCCCCAGCCAGCAACGUGUGCUUCUUCGCCAAGUGCCCUUACAUGUGCAAGACGGAGUAUGCGGUGUGCGGCCAGCCACACCUCCUCGAGGGCUCCCUCUCGGCCUUCCUGCCCUCCCUCAACCUGGCUCCCCGCCUCUCCCUGCCCAACCCGUGGAUCCGCUCCUACACCCUGGAUGGAAAAGAAGAGUGGGAGGUGAACUCCCUUUACUGUGACACGGUGAAGCAGAUCUAUCCGUACAAUAGCAGCAACCGGCUCCUCAAUAUAAUCGACAUGGCCAUAUUCGACUUCUUGAUAGGGAACAUGGAUCGCCACCACUACGAGAUGUUCACCAAGUUCGGAGACGACGGCUUCCUCAUCCACCUGGACAAUGCCAGGGGAUUUGGUCGGCAUUCCCACGAUGAGUUUUCGAUCCUCUCCCCGCUGUCACAGUGCUGCUUGAUCAAGAAGAAAACCCUGCUGCACCUCCAGCUGCUGGCCCGGCCGGACUAUCGGCUCAGCGACGUCAUGAGGGAGUCACUGCUUGAAGACCAGCUGACCCCCGUCCUCAGCGAGCCCCACCUCCUCGCCCUGGACAGGCGGCUGCAGCACGUCCUCCGGACCGUGGAGGGGUGCGUCCGGAUCCAUGGCAAGCGGAGCGUGGUGGCCGGCGAACCGCUGGACGAGCCCACGCCGGCCCCCCAACCGCCAGCCAGCUAGGGCCGGAGGCGGGCGCGGAGAGACCGCGUUGAGGGGAGGGGGGAGCCGAGGAUGUCCGCGGUGGUCUCCUCACCACCGCCCACUUCCUCCUCUCGGCUCCCUCUAGAUGCCAGGGGCCCGAAGCCUUCGCCGGGGACCCGAGGCCAGUCUCGGUCCCCUGGCCGCGAGGGCCGGGGCAGUCCCUGCGUGGCCCAGUGGGGACCUGCCGAGUCUGAAAUCCUCUCCCGUGGACAACCAUCCCGCAGCAGUAGCCUCCUGAGCAGCCGGUUUCCCGGACCCCGGGGCGGGAAGAGCGGUGGGUGUGGGCCGGCCGGCCUCCCGUGGGGGCCGGGAGGGACUGGGACCCCGGAGCAGGGUCCUCACCCCAAGUAAGACAGAGCUCUUUGGAGAUGAGAACGAGGGUGCAAGAGGGCACAGCCUUCAGCUCCGGCCUCCUCCCACCCUGACCUGGGAGCCAAGGAUGGACUCUUCUUCCCCUGGACGAAGCCGUGGGGCCCGAAUGCAGGAGCAGGCCUUCCCUGCAGCGGGGGCUCGCCCGGACGGUGGGUGCAGGUGGGCCGCUGCCGACCUGCUCUCCAGCUCGUGAGUCAAGGUGACUCGACCUCCAAAGAACACUUAUGCUCAAGUUGUCCCCGCUGAGGUCUCGGGAGGCGGUACUGCGAAAAAGCUGGGUGGCGGUGAAGGGCAAAGAUUAGAUGGCAAGGAAUCUUGAGAAGGGCAAAGUCCCAAGCCAACGGGUGGGGGGGACUCCAGGGGCCAGUCUCUCCCCGCCCCCCCGGCCCAGCCUUGCGGAGAGCCCGGUUCCUGCUCUGACCGUUUCCUUUCCAUGGAGGAAACUUUGAUACCCCUUGCUCUUCCGUGAGUUAGACUGUAAACCCGUCAAAGGGCAGGGACUGUCUCUGUGGCUGAUUUGUACAUUUCAAGCGCUUAGUACAGUGCUCUGCACAUAGUAAGCGCUCAAUAAAUACUAUUGAAUGAAUGAAUGAGUUAAGUCUCGCUCAGCGGAUCGGCUCAGGUGAUGUCUACGAGGCACGGAGUCAAGCAGAAGUUCGUUGAAUUCUCUCCCAAACUGAAUCACCAUAAGUGUCCCCCACUGAGGCCUCAGACCAGGUCACUGAUAGUCAUUUCACUUUUGGCUAGGCACCAUCAGCAGGGUUCCGCACUCAUUCACCUUGUCUGCCAACUUGGGGGGCACGCGAUCACUGGUACACUGGUGCCAUCUCUGAGCCACAUCCUCACAAACCAGGCCGCACAGUUUCAGGGAUUGGGGGAACCCUCCAGUCGGACCUGGGGGCCCGGUCCCAUCCCCACGGCACUGCAGGCCGACCCCUCACCUCACCCGCCCCCCUCCACUCAUUCCCUCAUCCCUCGGCCCCUCCGAGCCCAGAGGACAGAUUACCUUUCGGGGUAGUGGUUUGGGCCAUGCCAGUCUGCACAUCUGUGGGACAGGAGAGGGCGGGAUCCCUGUCUAAAAAAGAAAGGGGAGAAGGGCUCCAUAGCUAUUUGACAUGGACUCCCAGUCUCGCCCAUCCCGAAUCUUGGUCGAGGCCCGAGAGUCUCCGGUGAGAACUGGAGAGACCCAAAAUGGUGACUCUCUGGCCCGUCUGGCCCUGUGGAACCUGUCUCCCUCCCAACCUCCCCUCACCUUAAAAUCCCUGCUCCUCUUCACCCCAGUUUGGCACCUAAGGAUGGGCCAAACUUGGAAUCCCGUUGAAGCUUGGGGAUAAAAUCCCUAAAAAGCUGGCCCCCAAUUGCUUUCUUUAUCACCGCAGAAGCGAGAAAGAGAGCCGUGUCUACCCUCCCCGCCACCCCGGUGGGUGGAGCACGGACAUGUCCGAUCCCGUGUCCCGUUGGGCCAACCGCAUCCAGACAUUCCGAUUUUCUUUAUGUCAAAGAUCCCUAGGGAAGGGGCUUCUCCCAUUUCUCCUGUUCAGAAACAACAGCAACCUGAAUAAACUUCAAUUUAAAAAACUG